UCUCACCUUUGCUAGUUUCAGAAGAGUAUUGAAAAUGAACAGAGCUAUACUUUUAGUGCUAGUGUUGGCAUGUGUUACUCGUGUGCAGCCUCACGGCCACGUAAGUUUUCCGCUAGCCAGAACCUCUAUUUUCCGUGAUCCCAGUUUUGGUGCUCAACAACCAUUUUGGUGGAACGAUACUGGCAUUGAAUGUGGACAUGCACCGCAAGAUUUGCAGUACUCCACUUGCGGUCGCUGUGGAGAUCGUUUAGGAGAAACUCAUGCUCAACAAGGUGGAAGAUACGAUAAAGGAAUCAUCACCGCAACUUUCACCGCUGGUCAGAUCAUCCCGGCUGUUGUUGAUAUCAAUGCUAACCAUCGUGGCCAUAUCACAUUCGAACUUUGUCCGCAAGUGAUUGAGACAGACACUUGUUUCCAGAUACUUAGAAUCGUUGGAGGAGAUCGGCGAAUCUUUAAUAACAACACCAUGAUGUGUACUGGGGAAAUGAACCAAAACGGACGUAUCAAUGUACAUGUUCAGCUUCCGUCAAAUGUAAGAUGUACCAGAUGUACACUCCGUUGGACCUAUAGAACAUCAUACUCUCCGUAUCCCGAUCCAUGCCUUAACCCGAACCCAACUCAAACAUUCAGAAAUUGUGUCGACAUCAGAAUCAAUUAGAUCAGAUUGCGUUAAACAUCUUGAGUGAAAUUAAAUAUUCAAUUGCAUUA